UUCAUUGUACUGAGUCAGCGGCCAUGCGCAAAUGGACCCAGAGGAGGGCUGUGCUGUGUAGGCUGUAGUCUACAUAAGACCUCUGCACACGCACUGCCGACUGGAAAUCACAAGCCGCAGCUGGAGCAUCGACUUGUGUCCACCUUCCACUGAUUUCCAUGAGGAAAACUUAAAUCAAGGAUAGCUGACGGGCAUCUUGGGAUCUCUCCAACGACCCCCUCCUCCUCCUCCUCCUCCUUGACCACCUCGGACCACGGAUGCAGAGAGCAGCAGCGAUGCGGCGGCUCUGCUGUUAACUCGUUGGACCCUUUCCCCCCCCCCCGUUUUGCCGGUUUUUAUCUAAAAGGAGGCAAAUUGAACCUACAAUGAAGCUCAAACCGAACCAGACCAGGACAUACGAUGGCGAGGGCUUCAAGAAACGAGCGGCAUGUCUGUGCUUCAAGAAUGAGCGUGAAGAGGAGGUUCUGCUGGUCAGCAGCAGUCGGCACCCGGACCAGUGGAUCGUCCCUGGCGGUGGGAUGGAGCCAGAGGAGGAGCCAUGUGGUGCUGCAGUGCGAGAGGUGUUUGAGGAGGCCGGUGUGAAGGGCAAGCUAGGACGUCUGCUCGGUGUAUUUGAGCAAAACCAGGAUCGGAAGCACCGGACGUAUGUUUAUGUGUUGACUGUCACAGAAACACUGGAGGCCUGGGAGGACUCCGUCAACAUCGGCCGUAAGCGGGAGUGGUUCACCGUGGACGAGGCCAUCAAAGUGCUGCAGAGCCACAAACCCGUCCACGCCGAGUACCUGCGGAGGCUCCAGCUCAGCUGCUCCCCAACCAACGGAAACUCCAUCCUCCCGAGCCCACCGCCAAACGACAACUACCCCCACUACAGCGCCACGGCCACCACACCCUCGACGGGCAACGUUCUGGGCUCCUCCUGCAGAUAGGACUGCACCCAAACCCUUUCGUCCUGUCCGACUCGGACAGCCCACUGAAAGUCUGUACAGUCUUGCAUGAAUCUAAUGACUUUUUCAGAGUUUUCCUGUAUGUAUAAUUUCUAGUGUUAGCUGCAGGACAGACCAAAGCCAUCACCAGAACUGUGUUAAAGACUGACGGAGCGGGAGACGUCUCUGACAGCAAAACUGUGGAUAUCCUAAGAACUCUUUUUUCUUUUGGCAAACACCAGACUGAUGAGCUGGAGCUUUGGAAGAAGAAGCUGCAGACUCGGCUGGCGUGACUGACCCGGUGAAGGAAUGCCUUACAGAAACUUUGUAUGAAUGUUGUAUUCGGGUCGUUUUGUUUCACUAACGGUCAUUUUUAUUUUGUUUUUAGCAGAAUGGAUAUGCUUUCUAGUCAAUAAAAAGUAAUUGACCCCAAAGCACGUCCAUGUGGGGAAUGUUUGCAGAAUGAAUAGUGUCAGACGUCAACUCAUGAUGAUAAGAGCAUAUAUUCAACUAUGCGGAUCUCAUUUUUAAGAAAGACACCUAAGCAUUAAUAUGUCUCAAGGUUCUCCUUUGUUGCUGUCUGCAACUUUAAGUAUUUUGGCCUAAAAUUAUAAAGCUGCCCCUAACAUCUUUUAAAAAAUGGACGAUAAAAUAAAAGUAACAAAAGCAAAAGUGUUUUACACCAUUUAACUAAACAAAUGCAAGAGAACAAAAUGAAAUGGAAAAUGCCAUUCCAGAAAUGUCUUGUGGUCCUAAAUGGCAGGGUCAAAGGUCAAAGACCAGCUGUCAGUGAGUUGAUACGUCCGUGUUCUGAUAUCCUUAAACAUGACACUACUGUGUUUAGAGUUAAACUUCAGCCAGUGCCCCCGCAGUUACGACUCCAACACUAACCUUCACUGAUCCAACAAACUGGUCUGUUGACUGUUUCAGGUCACAUACCUUUGUUUCUGUUUCCCACGCUGUUAAAGUGAAAGUAUUCUAGUGAUGUAAAGUUCAUCUUUGCCUUAGGUUUCUCGUGCUGCUCGGGUCAUUUGAAAUUCUCUCAACUAAUGGAUGACUGCUGUUUAAAUUAAUGUUCAGCAGUUUUAGCAUGUCUCAUGGUGCUGCAAGGCAAUCUGGUAAAAGCAACAACCAGAUUGAAUUUUCAUGAAUGAUAUGAUUGUUUUUUCCACCGGCUACUUGUAACGAAAGCCGGAGAUAUACUUGCUUUUAACUCCGCAUUUGCAUGAUGGCUGCCACCCGUAUCCCGCAUCCGUUUGAAGCCUUGGUUGUGCAUGUUCUCAGAAACUGACGCUACAUGUCUGCAAGAUGCACUAAGAAUGUGAACAGUAAGGGGCAGUAUGGUGAUGACUUGACAGCUUGCUUGAUUCAUGAUCAGCAUUGACCUUGAAUAAUUAGAGUCAGGACAGCCAGUUGGUCAGGGGAUCGGUCCUGAACAAACAGGUUUCCGGUACGGAUCGGGGAAUCAUGGUCCUUAUUUACCAUCUACGUUGGUGCCGCUUUUGCUUUUUCUGCCGCAAUCUCAGAAUUAGUAAUUUAUUAAACUUGAGCAUCACUGUGUUUAUUGUUUACAUCAUGCAAAUCUGGAAGUUCGAUACAGUGAUGUGCCCUCUAGUGGAUUCCUCCAGUAAUGUGAAUAAGCAAGAAGUCAACAAUACUUUUUACAGCAUAGCCAGUUGUCUAUGCAAAUGCAUGGUUAAAAAGCAAGUAUAUCUCUAAUCUAAUAUUACUUGCACCUAGGGCUGCAAUUAACAAUAAUUUCCAUUAUGGAUUAAUCUUUUAUUGGUUUGAUUUCUAAACUGUCAAAAAAAAUUGUAAAACAUGCCCAUCACAGCUUUUACUUGUUCCAAAAAAGAAAAUCCAGUUUUAAUAUAAAUAUAUCAGUAUUUCUUAAAGUUUUUUAUUUAUUUUUUGGUUAUUUGCUAAAAAAAAUUUUGUUGCUUCAUGGGGUCUGAGACGCAUACCAUUUAAAUGUUCCUUGUUUCCUGUCUGCCUCUCAACCUAACAUUGCUAAUUGAGAAAAAUCAAAAAUUAAUAAGAUAUGACAAGAGAAAUCCAAACAAAAAUGGCCCACAUUAGCAGUAAAAAUAUCACAUUUGGGAGAAAUAUUAUUUGCUCACAGAGCCGUUCUCACUGAAGAGUCACCCGCUCACUCCUGUGCUGACAGCUGAAUGACGACUCGUAACCAUACAGAGAUUUGUAAAUAUAGCUUUGAAAAGAAAUGUGUUUUUAACCUGAAUGUACCUGUAAAAUUUCUCUUAAUAUUUUAUAUAUUUUUAACAAUGUAUAAAUGGCAGGAAAAAAACAAACAAAGGUGGAGAAAACCCUCUGAGAAAAGUAUGUGUAUAUUUGUAUCGAUGACGAUGUGCCACGGGUUUAGGAUGCGAAGGUUGGUUGUUGUGAAGCAGAGAUGGUUGACUUAAUGCGUUUUAAAUCAGGAUGUGGUUCGGGGUUGCAGCGGUAUAUCGGUUUCAAGGUAUACCAUGGUAUGAUAAAACACAGUUAUCAUACCGUAUAAAUUUGCUUAUCUAAGGUAGUGAAAAAAAGCAACUGGAAGGAGAAUCUUACCUUUAUCUAACUUAUAUUCAAAAGGAAGAAUUUUCACACAUACUUUGAUAAAAAAGUAAUUUCAAGUUUCAUUUUUAGCAACAGAAUAUUUGUUCAACCAAAUGAAAAACAUCUGUAUAACAGUCAUUGUAACUGAUAGUAACAAUAAGCCUGUAAUACCAUGAUACUGUAAAACCGUGAUAUUUUCUGAGAUGGUUAAAUUUUUUGGUAAAAAUCUGAUACCGUUGCAACCCUAGAUCUGGCGAAAUCAAAGUGUGGACAAUUUGGCAUUUAACUUUGGAUAGGAAAAAAAAGUACUGACUGGAUCUUUAAAAUUUUAGAGAUGUUGGGGUAAACUAAAGGAAUUGUUUUGUUUGUUUGUUUUUUACAAAAUAUAUAGCAUCUUGAAAAUCUUGUGUGUGUAAAAUACACAAGUAUUACUGAAUAUAGGCAUCAAUUCUGAAAUUGGGUUUUUAUAAAAUAUAUAUGUUUUUGGGGGGGGGGGGGGGGGGGGCAGUUUUGGUAAAUAUAGACAACAUUAACGAUCAGGGGAAUGUUUUUCAGGCUAUGGUAAGAAAAUUAGAAAUAGAUUGAAUUUGUCGAAUUUUUAUUGUAUUGUUUAUUCCAACUGUUUUGGAGGAGUAAAACACUCAACUUAAAAGGUCUGCUAUCACCCUCGCCAAGGCCAGUGCUCCAUUAAAAAGUCUUAUCGGCAAUAUCAUGAACUUUGACACGCAAAUUCAGCUAUCAUAAACUUGCAGCCUUGUUCGAUUGGUUAAAAAAGGAACCUAACCACCUCAAACCUCUAAAUGUGUGUAUGUGUAUUGAUGAACGUGAAUUAUGUGCCAAAUGGAUUCGUUGGUGCUCAGGUGGGAACUUUUUUGAUGUCACAUUAUAUUAAACAUAAUUUUAGGCCAACCACUUUUUGAAAAAAACAUAAAUUAAAUAUGGUUUCAUAAACUCAAUGUAAAUUCAGAAUAUAAUCAUUUAUAAUGUGAAAAAUGCAUUUUUAGAGAUUGACUGCAUCCUUUAUUGUUGAAAUUAUGACUAAUGAAUCAUAAGCACUUAUUCUUUUUUUUUUCUUUACCCCAGACUGUCAAUCAAAAUAACAUCAAUUUAUCCUAAACCCGUUCAUGCUGAUGUUUUGCAGCUCAAUGUCCCCCUGAAACACUUCCUUCCUCCACGCGUUAAAACUUUUUGCUGCUUUGGUCUAUGUUGAUCCGUAAAUGCUCCUUUUUUUGAGUAAAGCAUGACAGUAAGGUUGAGAUUCCCACAUAUGAAAUGUAUGUUACUUGCAAAACUGUAAGACAAGCCUGGACACACGCGUCCACUAUCUGAUGGGCGGAUUUGUACAGAUUGAUUGUCUGCUGCUGAACACACUGUAAUGUCACAUGGAUGUAUCCAGAGCAUUUCACUCAAAGCAAACUAAAGAUUUCUCACCAUUUUGACAUGAAUAUUAUGCACAGAAAAUGUGAAGAUGUGAACUGGAAAGAUUUGGGGGUUUUUUUUGGGAAAAGAUUGCAUUAAAGGGGUAAAAUCUUA